AUGCUUCUACUACGCACUUUUGGCCUACGUCCAGGAGAGAGCAGGAGCAACUGGACGAGUAGACGGAGAAGCCCAACGACUGAACAAGCCGACAAUCAUAUGAAUUUCAUCAUCUGGAAUUGUAGAGGAGCCCUUUCCACGGAGUUUAGACGUAACUUUAGGUCUUUACUUGACUAUAAUAGGCCGGCUUUAGUUGUUCUCUUGGAAACACACUGCCAAACUCACCAAAAUGUGAAGGAAAAUUUUAACUUUGAUGGUAUGAUUGAGGUUGCUGCAACACGCCAUUUUGGAGGAAUUGCAAUCUUGUGGUUAUCAAGUGUUCUAGAUGUCGAUCCAGUAGCCACCACUGCACAAGAAAUACACUACCAUGUCCUGGUGAAACCCUUGCCUUUUACAUUUUUAUUCACUAUCAUCUAUGCUAGUAAUGAAUUAGUUAAUAGACAAUCGUUAUGGGAAAAUUUCAUGUCUGUAUAUGAUAAUUAUAAAGGACCUUGGAUUAUUGGAGGAGACUUUAAUGAAAUAACACAUGUUACUGAUAAAUUUGGUGGACUUCCUAUAAAUAACUCACGUUCUCAUAAGUUUUUGGACUGCCUUAAUUACUGCCAAAUGACUGAUUUAGGAUAUAAGGGUAGUCGAUAUACUUGGACUAAUGGAAGACAUAAGAAGCAAGCUUGGAUGGACAACUUGGCACUACUUCCUGUCAUUGAUAAUUUCACAACCACAGUGCAAGAAUGGAAUAAGUCUACCUUUGGUAACAUUUUUAAGCAAAAGAGGAAGAUUCUAGCCAGAUUAAGUGGAAUUCAGUCAUCUAUCCACUAUCCAACUAGCAAUUUCUUACAGAACUUGGAACAUGAAUUAAAGCUGGGUAAUCCAUCAGUUCAAGUUAUCUACAGAGAGCAGAGUAGAAUUGUGUAG